UGCAAUAAACGAAUUGGAUGUGGAUUUGUUCCGCUUUGUAAAGUAAUCUACCACAGAUCAGAUUUGUCGAAGAAGGAACACCUCGGCGAUCGGUUUAUGUUGUCUGUAUAUAAAGAAAAUGGCUGUCCUUUCUGCGUAAAUUCUAUUUCUCGUCACUUCUCCAACCAGUGCGCAUUCAGCGUGGAAAAUUAUUAGAAAUUUAAUUUGGAGCAUCAUUAAACAGACUGGACGAAAGGAAACAAAGAUUGUUGAAAUGCCAGUUGGUAAAAAAAUUAUUUGGCGUCUAUGACGCCUGGCCUGCUUUGGCAGAGCGUCGUCAGUUCAGACAGUGCUUUAUUUUCACAAAACUAAGGGGAGCUAGCUGUGGAGUGUCACAACGAGAGCCAUUCAAACCAACCAUUCCGUGAAAAAGUCUUGAUGGGACUUAUUUGAAAAGUGCCGGAGAAGUGCUGUUACAUCUCCCUUACUGUACCAUGUGGCUGUGAAUCCUCCCAAACAUUUUUGCAAAUGAAAAUGGAGGAUAUGUCUCUGUCAGGCCUGGACAACACCAAGCUAGAGGCCUUGGCUCAUGACAUCUACUCAGAAUUGGUGGAGGACACCUGUUUGGGUCUCUGCUUUGAGGUGCAUCGUGCUGUUAAACAGGGCUAUUUCUUCUUGGAUGAGACAGACCAAGAGAGCAUGAAGGACUUUGAAAUUGUGGACCAACCAGGGGUGGACAUAUUUGGGCAAGUGUACAACCAGUGGAAGAACAAGGAAUGUGUGUGUCCCAACUGCAGCAGAAGCAUUGCAGCUUCCCGUUUUGCACCUCACCUGGAAAAAUGUCUGGGCAUGGGGCGCAACAGCAGUCGCAUUGCCAACCGCAGAAUAGCCACCAAUAACAACACAAGCAAAUCUGAGAGUGAUCAGGAAGAUAACGAUGACGUCAAUGACAAUGACUGGUCAUAUGGGUCUGAAAAAAAAGCCAAGAAAAGAAAAUCAGAUAAGAAUCCAAAUUCACCCAGGCGAUCAAAAUCUUUAAAGCAUAAAAAUGGUGAUUUAAUUUUAUCAGCUAGAGUGAAACCAUCUUUCAAUUAUCGUCCUACUUUGCAUAUGACUGACUACACACACAUUUCUAACAGUGAGCUUAGUAACACUGUCAACACAGACCCAUACAAGUACAACUAUAAUACGGGAAUCAGUUACGAAACGUUAGGUCCUGAUGAACUGAGAUCUUUGUUGACUACACAAUGUGGGGUGGUCUCAGAGCAUACCAAGAAGAUGUGCACUAGGUCCCAGCGCUGCCCCCAGCACACGGACGAACAGAGGAGGGCAGUCAGGGUGUUCCUCCUGGGGCCGUCCGCGUCGUCCCUGCCUGACGCAGACUCUGUGGUGGAGAGCGACGGCUACGACGCCUCAGACGGACAGGGCCUCAUGAGCCGGCUGCAGUGGGAUGGGUCUUCAGACAUAUCCCCCACCGACUCCGCGUCCUCCAAAGCCAGCACCAACAAUUCAGACUCAAAGAGGCCGAAGAAAAAGAAGAAGCUGUCUCUAGGGCUUGGUGCUGCAGGUGGAGGUGGUGCGAGUGGAGGGGGAGGGGGCAGCAGUUCCCAGAGUAACCUCACCUUAUCCAACAGAAAGAAGAGACCCAAACUCACAGCUCCCUCUGUUCCUAAUAUCUAUGACGACCUCAACUAGCAAAGAUGCCCCUCUGCCCCCCCCUCCCCCCUCCCUCCCCCCCUCCCCCUCCAGUCUCCCCUCAGCCUCCCAUGCAGCUUGUUCUCCCCAUCAUAACAACCUAGAGGAGAAAUAGGAUGAGUCAGUUAGACUGUCAUCUGUCUAGGCAUGGGACCAAUCAUGCUUUUUCAAGCUCUUUUGAGAUUAGAUUUUUUUUUUGUGUGUCCAACAAGUGUGCCAUUUUGUGGUUUACCCUACAGUACAUUGGAGUUAAGUAUCAAAUGGUGGCUUUUCAGUGAUAGCAUUGUAUUGCACAGUAGUGUGUAUGUGUGUCAGAUAAUGAGAGACAAGACUUUGUUUGUGUGCAUGGAAGUUUGACUGUUUAAUGUUAUGAGUGUGUUUUCUGAUGACUAUGCACCUUUGAAUGUGCCAUUGGGGUGUGUAUGUGUGUGCCAUUUUAAAUAUUUGACUUUUCUGUUUACAUUGACUAAUAUAUAUAUUUAAAUGUGCAAUUCUGUGUUCAAGUGAGAGUAUUUGAUUUGUCUCUAAACAACAAAGUGUAAAUGCUGAUUUUCUAUGUAUCAUGGUGUGAACUAUUGUGUUUUUAUGAAUGUAUGUGGUGUUUGAUGUAAAGAAAAUCAUGACUCAGUUGUUUCCCAUUAUAAAUGUAAAAAUAUAUUCCAUCUUUCCAUAGAUCAUUACACGCAAUGUUUCUUUUGCCUGUCAACUGAAACUCUGACAUAACUGUAACUGUCUUGAACCUGCUUUUAGACAUGUAGCCCCAUUUAUUUCCUUUUCUAUAUAAGACAUAAUACUUACAUAUAUGAUAGGUGGUGGGGCGCUACACACACAACAUUCUGUGCUCACAAAGCAUCCUGUAUGACAAAACUUGAACUUAAUACCCAACAUGCCUGCCUUCAACAAGUUCUCACUGAUCUAUCUGCUUUACAUAAGCCUCUGCAAAGAAGCCUCGCUUGACUUGACUAGCAUGACUUGCAUCUGAAGUGAUCAUCUUAUGUUCAGGGUGUAUGCAUUUGGUUGUCAGUCAUAAGCGCUUUUAUAUACAUUUUCAACAGCACUGGCAGGUGGCAUCUAUCAGAAUUGGUAACCUUGGUAACCUUACAUCCAUUGUGCGAGUUGUUUAUUCUAGCUGAUUAGUCGAUCAUAUACAAAAUACUUUCAAAUACUGGAAAAAAACUGCGCAACCAUUACCAAUGCUUCCUGUUUUUAUUCAAAGUAGUUCCAGCUGCUCUGUAAGAUAAUCAUGAGCAUAAAAUGUAUUAUAAAUGUAAUUCCCUUCAGAUAUGACACAUAACGCUUUAGAACAGGGUAGAUGAAGGGUGUUACACGAGUAGCUGUACAUUUGUCAAUGUGUGUUUCUCCUGAGUGCGGACAAAGGACGCGAUACAAAGUGAAUUUUCACAAACAAAAAUAUUUUUUCAUACACAUGCACGUGUAUAUGUGCAUGUGAAAAUAUGUUUAUUGUAUACAGUAAGAAGCAUUAUGAUACACUAUUUUCUUUAUCUUACAGUUCCUUGUGUAAAGGGGUUGUCUUAUUUGUCAGAAUUAAACCACGUCAUUCUGGG